CGGCGCUGGGCCCGCCCGCGGCCUUCCCUGCGGCGCUGCCGGCCCCCGGCCCGCCCGGCCGGGGAUGAGGCGCUGCGGAGCUCGGCCGGGGCUGCCCGUGGCCUAGCGCGGCCCCCGGGCUCUCGCCGCCGCCUCCCGCUGCCGCCUCCGCCGCCCGUUCCCCGGUGCCGGUGCCCGUCCCCUGGGCCCCGCGGGAGGAUGUCGGGGGAGCACGACAUGGACAGGACGAUCAAGGAAACGUCCAUUUUAGAGGAGUACAACAUUAACUGGACGCAGAAGCUGGGAGCUGGGAUCAGCGGUCCCGUUAGAGUCUGCGUGAAAAAAUCCUCUCAGGAGCGCUUUGCACUGAAAAUCCUUCUCGAUCGUCCAAAAGCUAGAAAUGAGGUACGUCUGCACAUGAUGUGUGCAACACAUCCCAAUAUUGUUCAAAUUAUUGAAGUUUAUGCUAACAGUGUGCAGUUCCCACAUGAAUCCAGCCCAAGGGCUCGGCUCCUAAUUGUAAUGGAGAUGAUGGAAGGGGGAGAGCUAUUUCACAGAAUCAGCCAGCACCGGCACUUUACUGAGAAGCAAGCAAGCCAAGUAACAAAGCAGAUAGCUUUGGCUUUGCAGCAUUGCCACUCACUAAACAUUGCACAUAGAGACCUCAAGCCUGAGAAUCUCCUCUUCAAGGAUAACUCUUUGGAUGCACCUGUUAAAUUGUGUGACUUUGGAUUUGCCAAAGUAGACCAAGGUGACUUGAUGACACCACAGUUCACUCCAUAUUACGUAGCACCUCAGGUAUUGGAGGCACAAAGACGACAUCAGAAAGAAAAAUCCGGUAUUAUCCCCACCUCACCGACACCUUACACUUACAACAAGAGCUGUGACUUGUGGUCCCUGGGUGUCAUUAUUUACGUGAUGCUGUGUGGGUACCCUCCGUUCUACUCCAAACACCACAGUCGGACAAUUCCAAAGGACAUGCGGAAAAAGAUCAUGACAGGGAGUUUUGAAUUUCCAGAGGAGGAGUGGAGCCAGAUCUCAGAGAUGGCGAAAGACAUUGUGCGAAAGCUGCUGAAGGUCAAACCUGAGGAACGGCUGACCAUUGAAGGUGUGCUGGACCAUCCCUGGCUCAACUCCACGGAGGCACUUGAUAACAUCCUACCCUCUGCCCAGCUGAUGAUGGACAAGGCGAUGGUUGCAGGGAUACAACAGGCUCAUGCAGAACAACUUGCGAACAUGAGAAUCCAAGACCUCAAAGUCAGUCUCAAACCCCUUCAUUCCGUCAACAACCCCAUCCUGCGCAAAAGGAAAUUGCUGGGCACUAAGCCGAAGGAUGGUGUUUACAUCCAUGACCCGGAGAAUGGAAGUAACGAUUCCAAUGUGGCUCUGGAAAAGCUCAGAGAUGUGAUUGCUCAGUGCAUUCUACCGCAGGCUGGAGAGAAUGAAGAUGAGAAGCUGAAUGAAGUGAUGCAGGAGGCAUGGAAAUAUAAUCGGGAGUGUAAAUUGCUGCGAGACACUCUUCAGAGCUUCAGCUGGAAUGGCAGAGGAUUCACAGAUAAAGUGGAUCGACUAAAACUGGCAGAAAUAGUAAAACAAGUUAUUGAAGAGCAGACAAACUCCCAUGACUCUCAAUAGCUGGAGCUUCUUAAUCUUAUUUUUUUUACCAUUUAAGAUUUAUUCUUUAACUGUAAAAAGUAUUUUUAUGUAAAUUAAUAAAUCAUAAUUAUUUCAUGAAAUUUCCAUACUGCUUGAAAAUGCUGUAUAGUUGUAGAUACAAAAAAUCAUUGGUACUGUAAUAUUUUUUUAAAACUCAGUUCCUUGAGGUAUAUAUGAUCACUUACGUACUGUUAAUCAUGAGUCCCCCAGAUGGGGCAAAUUGUAUUGUUAAAGACCAUUCUUUUUCUUAAUAACCAGUUGCAGAAGCUGCCUUCCAUCUGCUAUACAUACAGCCAGCUGCAGUGACUAUAUAUGUGAACAAGACAGCCACAGUUUCUCAACACCCUGCUCAGUAAGUACUUGAAGCCAGUGCUGUGAAAUACGAACUUCCUAGCUACCCUUUGCACCUAAAUUCUGAGUCUUCAUGUAGAGGCAACAAAAUAGCCUUCUGUUUCGCUAGAUGACCCAAGAGCCGUGCUUGGCCUUGCCAAGGGCACCUGAGUCCAUACGCUUGCUGCAUUUUUCAGUUCUGAUCAGUAGCCCUCUUUCUUUCUUCUGUAACCCAUCUUCCUUGGACCUACUUUAAGGCUUAAUGGCCAUUCAGCAUAAAACUCCUCUUUUUACCAUACCGUUCAAUGGCGGAAUCAAAGAAUGUUCUAGUUACUUAUGUACAAGUUAUUUUUAUUUUCAUGAUGGGAUCUUCUGUAGACAACAGUAAGCGUGGGGUCUAUUUUUUUUUUUUUUGUCCCCAGAUCAGAAGUUCUGUUUCCACCUUAUUUUUUCCACUCUAGAAGAUCCAACUUUUGUUUUCAGACUUGUCCUCUUGUUUGAAAGAGAUCAUCCUGGCAAGGGUCAUAGUGCUGCUGUGUGAAUCCACCAGUGAUCCUUCUCUUGUGUCACCAUCUGGAGUCCAAGCUCCCCCUCUCUUUGAUGCCUUCGAGCUCCUCCUGGCGGAGCAACAGAUGCAGGGCUGCUCCUUGACACAUGUCCUUACGCUGCCUGGACCAUGAGGCUGCCCAGGGCAGAUUCUUACACUAGUCUGGAACAUUGGCUCCAAAAGCUGCUUUUUUAUUUUAAUGAAACAAACAAAUGAAAAGAAUCUGUACAUAUUUCUAGUUUUCUACCUUCUGACACUUUUCUUUCUUUUGAGACUGGUCGAAGGCUUUUUAUAGAGAUAUUUUGGUACUAAACCUGUGCAGACAUUGAAUGAGUUUGGUCUGCAGACUGAAGUGCCAAUUCAGGGCUAUUAGUAACGACUCUUGAACAUUAUUGUUAUAUUUCAUAGCUCGUUAAUUUUGGGUUUACAUUUACAAACCUGAGCCAUGAAUCUCCCAAUCUACUCUUACGACAGUCCAGCCUUGUUCUUUUUUGUCUUUUUUCUAUAACAGACUUCCUUGUAACCUUUAGCUUGGAUGGCAAACCAGUGUCUGACUCUUUCUAUGAAAUUUUUUAAGCAGUAACUUAGUUUUUCUACAUGAAGGAGAUGCUUCAUUUCCCAUUCUUCGUCAGCACCUUGUCAGCUUUCUUUUAAUCCUGUUGAGAGUUUUCCAAUGCUUGAUUUAUUCCACAGUAAGAACCACAGUCCCUAUUUAACCAUCACUUUCUCUGAUGGAAAUGGGGAGUUUUUUGCAUAAGCCAGAAUUGUACUUCUGACACUACAUGGAAUAUUUGUGUACUGACGUGCAUUGACAACUGUAGAGAAUUAGCAGGUGACAAGAGUAUUUGCCGUUUCUUGGUAGUAUCAGCAAGUUUGCAGGCCCUAUGUGCAUUUCUGUCCUUGCCCUAAAUUCCAGGUCAUGUCAACAUCCAUGCAGUCUUGAAAUGUAUAGAUCAUUUCCUUUUAAACUUGAAAUCUGUGUGGUGUGUGUGUUUGUUUUUCCUCUGGGAAAUCUCAGUGUAUGGGAACUUUUAAGUAUGGAAAAUAGAGAAAUAAGCAAGGAAAUCUCUUGUGUUUGAACGGGAGUGCAGAAAACUCCCUACAAAAGCACUUUGCAGCUCUACCCUCUGAGGAGGAAGAUACUCUGGCAGUUUCUGGGGAGUCAGAACUUCUGAGCAGAAAAACGGAUCAGAUUGUAGCUACUCUCAUUGUUAACACAGUGCAUUCAGCAGGCUACUGCCACGCCACAGUCUGCUGAGAUCCAAGCAGCUUGUGAGCACUGCGGAGUGUAACACACUGGGACUUCUUUUUUCUCUGGCAGGUUGCUCUAGUGUUAACGAUGACAGUAGCAAGGCUUGUACACUGAUGUGUAAUGGUCUUUAGGACAUGGCUUCAGCCUACUUCUGCAGUACCAAGAGAGGUUUGUACUGUGGGGAGCACCUUGGAGGGAGAGCAGCUGCUGCUCGCUGCCAUCCAAGGCAGCUUAGAAAUCAGCAGACGGGAUCUGACUGUGUGCCUCCUCUCCUGAUGCUCUCCACACGUACACAACAGAGUCAUUUCAAGCAGUUACUGGUAGUGAGGUGGGUACACUUGUGAUUGACUGUGAGGUGUUUUGGUGUCUGGAGGGAAGUCACAUUUCUAAGGGCUUUUGUGAUGAGGAACUGCGUUUUAUGGGUUUACUGUUGAUUUUAGUGUCUGUGAGAAGUAAGAAUGGCCUGAUCUGAAAUGGAGGUAGGGAGGGACAGAUUUAAGAAAAUCCAAUUUGAAAAUUCGAGGUCAAAUGGUUUUAUUUCUAUGAGAAAGUUGAUUAUUUUACUCUUGAAAACAACUUGUUUUAGAUUUCAAAAUUAAAUAGACUUGAAUGGAUCUAAUUGACUUAUUUUAAAGUUAUAUUUUACUUUCUUCUUCCUGUGUUUUGUAUUUUUCAGUUGACAUAAAUGCAAGAUAACCUUGUCUUGAUUAUGUAACAUUUUAGUUUGUAAUAAAUCUACUGAUGCUUUACAGCAGACUGUGAAUAUUGUACAUAUCUUGAGAUGGAAGAGUUGUGUGGGAACAAAGACGACAUUCUUUGUAAAAACACUAAAAGGAUAUGGGAAAGCUAUGUGGUUUUUUUUUCUUAAAGUUUUAUUUAAGACAAGAAUCUCAGAAAUCAUUUGACCUUUUCAAAUUUUUAUGUAUAUCUGACUUCUCCUGUGACUUGAUUAUUUUAAGGUAUAUAUGUUGAAAAGUUAGGAGAAUUUGACUAGGAGAAAGAGUUUUUGAUUGGAAAUAGCAACAUGUCAAAGUUUUGCUGUCAUUACUUCAGUUUUUUCUUUAAGAAAUCUGAAUCUGUCAUCAUCUGCCAUGUUUAACUUCUGUGUAUUAAAAUGUUUGCAUUUCUCCUUUCCAGUGUUACCUGUACCAUGUUAGUUUAUUUCGGAUCAGUAUUAUAUUGUAAAUAUUACGCAUCAAUGUAUAUAAAUGAUUUUACUAAA